AUGUGGUCCUUUGUGAAAAAAAUUUGUUAUUCCUCAACCAGUGAGCUCCUGAGCAGGAAGAACAAAUUCCCCACUUUUAUGCGAACUAUAUCUAGUGAUGAAUAUCAAGCCAGAGCUAUUGCAGAGCUGGUCAGUCAGUUUAAAUGGGAGUCAGUGGCCAUUGUGGGAAGUGAUGACGAGUAUGGGAAGACAUCUACAGCAGAAGCCAUUAUACUGUUCACACGUGAGAUCAAUGUUAAAAUCAUUUUGAAUGAAGUAAUGAAACAAAACCUUAGUAGAACAUGGAUCGCAAGUGACUCAUGGUCCACGUCCAUAGAGCUCUUUAGGCUAAAUGUUACUGGGGAUGUUUUUGGAUGCAUUUCUAAAAGGAGUGAGGUCUUAGGAUUUAAAGAAUAUGUCAUAAAUAAGACCACUGAGUAUAACACCACAUUAAAGACUUUUAAUGUCCCAUGUCCAGACCAGUGGUGCCUGGUACCUCACAUUGAUCACGAUACAUCGUACAACAUCUACUUAGCUGUACAAGUAAUAGCAGAAAGUUUGAGGCAGUUACUUAGGUGUGACAACCAACAGUGUGAGCGGACAACACCCUUUAAAGCUUCAGAGCUAUUCCAGGAAAUGAGAAAAGUUAACUUCACUGUAAAGAACACAAGUAUAUUCUUUGACAAAAAUGGAGACCCAAGUUUGGGGUAUGAUAUUUUGUACUGGAACAUUUCUGGUUCUCCAAAAAUUCAAACUGUCGGCGAGUACUGGCCUAAUGGACAUUUCAGCAUUUCAGACCAUCUUGUUAAACAAAAAAGCAAUGCGGAGGUGUCUGUGUGCAACUGCUCCAAAACAUGUGACCCUGGACAUGAGUUAGUGUCUGAAAGAACUUGCUGUAAACAUUGUAAUCCCGGAUUCUACUCUAUUGAAAAAGGAGAAAAGUGUGUCAAGUGUGGUGAAGACCAGUAUUCCUCUCCUCAAACAGACAAAUGUCUCAAUAAAACAGUGAAGUAUCUGUGCUGGACAGAUCCCUUCAGUGUCAUUCUGUCACUUCUGGAGAUUCUUGGCCUUGUUAUAACUGUCACUUUUGGUGUAUUAUUCUCUAUUCAUUUUAACACUCCUGUUGUUAAAUCCAUUGGUGGUUACUUGUGCGGUCUGGAGAUUUUGUCUUUACUGGUGUGUUUUAGCAUUGGCUUUACCUUCCCUGGAUUCCCAAAUCCUACAAAGUGUAUGUUGGGCCUUCCCAUAUUUGGUAUAGCCUUUUGUCUUUGUCUAUCUUGUAUACUGGCCAACUCACUUCAAAUAUUAGUGGGUUUCAACUUUAACCAAAGGGUGGCUUUUUGGCUGAAGAAACUAAACCAGCCACUGGCAGUGGUGAUUCUUGUCCCAGGAAUCCAGUUGAUCCUAGGUGUUGCCUGGAUGUACAUCAACCCCCCUAAACCGACUGUACACAAAUUUGAAUUAUAUAACAUCAAUGUCUGUGAAAUGAACUGUCUGUGUUUCUAUGUAGCCAUGUUUGGUUAUAAUGCUGUUGUUGGACUUGUCUCCUUCUUUUUUGCUCAAAAAGGAAGACAACUCCCAGAUCUGUAUAAAAAUGCAAGCUCAAUUGCCAUUAGUAUGUUGCUGUUCCUAAUUAUCUGGGCUCUUUUACUUCCAGUUUAUAUAAAUCUGGUUGGUAUUUACAAAAGUGUAAUUGAGGAAGCAGCUGCAGUCGUAUCCAGCUUUAGCAUCCUAUGUGCUCACUUAGCUCCUAAGUGUUACAUCAUAGUGUUCAAAAAAGAGCUCAAUAAUGUAAACGCCAUUUCAGAGUACAUUAGGAAGCAUUAUGAGCAGAAGGGCAUCCCUGUUGUGAGAUCCUAGUAGACAGCCUCUAAACACAAUGUAACUGAACCUGAGCAAUUGCAUUAGGAUUGUUGAGCUGGUCUACCAGAUGGAGACAGUACAUUGCAUUAAUUUCUUUACACUGUGUACAUACUGUCUCAUAUUAACAAUGACA